AUGACUUUCACUGGGGGUCCCCAAGCAGGUGUGUACACACCUCCACCACAGUACACCUCUGGACCAGGUGGACCGGUGCCAGUCGUGACCCAGGUAAUAAUGACUCCUAGCCUGAUGGAGGUCGGAAGUUCGACCAUGUGUCCCCACUGCCAGCAGCACGUGGUCACCAAGACAGAGACCAAUGCUGGCCUGCUCACCUGGCUCAUCUGUGGUGGCCUCUUCAUUGUUGGGUGCUGGCCAUGCUGCGCCAUCCCUUUCUGUGUAGACUCAUGUAAAGACGUGAAUCACAGCUGUCCCAACUGCAACAAUAUCAUCUACGUCUACAAACGCAUUUGAUAUUAAUUUGACUGUACUACCUUUAUCUGAAGGACUGGGACAUGGCACUUCAAUCAAAUCAACAUUUCUGUAAAUGUAUGAGGUUCGUAUUCACUAGGGCAUAUGAUGUUGGAAAAUGUUUUACAACGAAGAAACAAAAACUAAUUCUUAUUGGACAAGUCCAGAUAGUCCCUCCCUUUUUCAGUCCAUUUUCUUCCAUUUGGUGCCUAAUGAAUACAACCCAGGGGUAGCCAAAAGGGUUAUGUCUAUCCUAUAUAGUCCCUGAGCAGGUGGUGAGCUUCCCUCAGCUCCACAAAAUACUACAUAAUAUAUGCCAUUUAGCAGAUGCUUUUAUCCAUUUUUGUAUGGGUUGUCCUAGUGGAAAUUCAAACCCACAAGUGCCAAGCUCCAUCAGGUCCCUGGCCAGACUUGACCCUUGUAGUGACUACCAAAGAGAAUCCUGAUACCAAAGACUGGUAGUAGCUGCGCUAUAGUUGUUUCACUGUAGUUCUGUACUCGUCUGAAGUCCAUGAAAGUAAAGGAACUUCUAAACCACUCUACUUAUUGUAAUAUUGUUACAUUGAGAUGUAUUUAUCACCAUCACUUCUUAUUGUAUUAUUGUUACAUUGAGAUGUAUAUAUCACCAUCA